GGUUUUAUUGUCAUUUUUGGUGUCUUUAUGAUGGUUAGGGAUCUUGUUGUGGUGGUUCAGAAUCAUUUUUUGGUGGCUUUGCGUCUCUUAGUGGUGGUUUUGUGUCACUUUGCGUCUCUUUAUGGUGAUAACUCGAAUCAUUUUGGUGCUUUUUAAAAGACAACAUGACUUUUAAACUCUUUUAAAGACAGUGUUUCAUCUUUGUCCUGUCGGAGGUUAAAAGUGUUAAAUAAGCAGCAGAUCAACAUGAAAUCAUUUGUUGUUUUUGUCAUUUUGAGUCUCAUUUUUGUCUUUCUCAGUCUCGUUUUAGUCAUUUUGUGUCUCGUGUUGUGUCUCGUUUUUGUCAUUUUGUGUCUCGUUUUUGUCGUUUUGUGUCUCGUUUUUGUCGUUUUGAGUCUCGUUUUUGCCGUUUUGUGUGGUGUUAGAAGAACUAGAAGCUAAAGCUGCUUCAUGACAUAUGAAGGUCACCAUUUUCUACCACAACCGACCAACCGAUGAGUAAAAACACAGAUUCCACGUCUGAACCGUCCUGAUCUUGUUUUUUCUGGUUCUCUGUCCAGGGAGUCCUCAGGAUGUCGGGUCAGAACUUCUCCCACAGCAGCUUCAUGUUCAGAGGGUUUCCUGAGCUGCAGAAGCACCGGUGGCUGCUGGCGCUGCUGUUCUCUGCGUCCUACCUGCUGGUGCUGCUGGGGAACUCUCUGGUGGUCUACGUGAUCCGCAGCGUGGCCAGUCUGCACAGCCCCAUGUACCUGCUGGUCUGCCUGCUGUGUGUGGUCGACGUCCUGGUGGCCACCGCCAUCAUCCCCAACAUGCUGCUGGGCUUCCUGUUCGACUGGGACCACAUCUCGCUGGCCGGCUGCCUGACUCAGAUGUUCUUCACCCACUUCCUGUCCUCGGUGGAGUCCACACUGCUGCUGGCCAUGGCGCUGGACCGCUACGUCGCCAUCUGCAAGCCGCUACGCUACACCGAGAUCAUCGACUCAUCCAUGUUGGCGAAGCUGUUGCUGUUCACGCUGCUGCGGAGCAUCUCCAUCAUGGCCACACUGGUGGGUCUGGCAGGUUCUCUGAGGUUCUGCGGCUCCAACGUCAUCCGGCACUGCUACUGCGACCACAUGGCGCUGGUCAGCCUGGCCUGCAGCAGCACCAGCAGGAACAGCGCCGCAGGCCUCGCCGUCAUCAUCUGCUUCGUAGGGGUGGACAUACCGCUCAUCUUCUUCUCCUACAUGAAGAUCAUCAGCGUCGUGUUGCGAGCGGCAGCCGGUGAAGACCGACGGAAGGCUUUCCACACCUGCGGGACUCACCUGAUGGUGAUGAUGUGUUUCUACCUGGUGGGCAGCGUCACCUUCCUGUCUCACAACCUGAACAUCCCCAUACCGACUGAUGCCAACUCCGUCAUGGGCGUCAUGUACAUCCUGCUCCCGGCGACGGUCAACCCCAUCAUCUACGGUGUCCGGACCAAAGAGAUCCGCAACGGCUUCCUGAGGAUCCUUAAUCUGAGAGCAAAAACAAUCAUGUCUGUGAAGGUUUCUCCUGCUGGAAAACCACAAACAUGACGUCCACCAGCAAGAUAAACUCAGAGAGAACUAAACGAACCCUGUGGCGCUCAGGAGGUCUGAGGUUUACUGUGUUACAGCCCUAACCCAACCUUAACCCAACCCAACCUAACCCUAACUCAACCCAACCCUAACCCAACCCAAGACAACCCUAACCCAACAUAGCCCUAACCCAACCCAACACAACCCAACCCAACCCAACACAACCCUAACCCAAUCCAACACAACCCAACCCAACACAACCUUAACCCAACCCUAACCCAACACAACCCAACCCUAACCCAACCCAACCCUAACCCAACGCAACCCAACCCAACACAACCCUAACCCAACCCAACCGUAACCCCAACCAUAACCCUAAC